UUUUAUUUAAUCGUAUUAACAAUAAAAUGAUUGAAAAAUAGUUCUUACAGUAAGUGAUGUACAAACACCUUGAGUAAAUCUAACUGGUCACUUGUCAUUAAUGUAUCUAAGGAGAUGUUAAACGUUUUCAUGUGUGGCAUAAGCAAAGGUAUAAUCCUAAAGAACCAACAUUAGAACAUUAUAUAUCCAACUUGGAAUUUAUGAAAGACAUGGUGUCAUUUGAGACAUUGUGAUCUUGAUAAAUUUCAAAAUAUGUAAUUGUGUUUUAUUUUCCUUGAUAAAUCUAGAACUAACUCUUAUCUGUAAAUAAAGGUGCAGUCUCAGAAUUAAAACUACGAGGAAAUACUUAAACUCUAUACAAGUUGCAGAAGAAGACUAGUUGUGUAGACAUUUAGGAGAACAUUUCUUUAUCAGUGAUCUCAAUAAAUACUUUUCUGAUUGGUUUAUGGUCUAGGUUGCUAGUUUCAAGUGUCACGCAAUACAGCAUCAUAUUAAUUUAGUAUAUUAUGGUCAUAAGCAGGGAAUGUGUCACAGAGCAGGCCACUUUGUGAUUGACAAGCCACUACCAUAUGAGUGUUGUUCUCAGUCAGAUCCACCCCUUGCUUGCGACAUAAGCUUUCAACAGUCAAGAUGGCACAAAUGGUCGAAAGCAUCAACCCAAUAAGCAAUGUCACUGUGGCCACAUCCAUCUUUUAUAAACAGUGUGAACUUAAAUCAAAUUUAACACUUUAUCAAAACAGUUCUUGUUUUACAUCUGCAACGCCCAAAGAAGUAAACGCGCCCUCUCAGCAUGUUUUCAGUAUCAUCUCUGUAUAAAAGGCCCCAAAGUUCAUAGAAUACUUUUACUGGUGUUUAUAAGUUUAAAAGUUAAGUUUAUAAGUUUAAAGUUCAUUUAAUAUUCAGUCUUCUGUCAGUUUGGGCCAGCCCACCUUCUAGUGACAUCAUCCGGUUAGUAAGGUGGGCAGUUUAAUGUCGGAUGAGCAGUGUUGGUCCGGAGAGGGUGCACUGAUUCCUGGGGAAUGUAUGUGUGCGUAAAUGACAAGAGGUGGAGCUGCUAAAAGCUGUGAACUUCCUUUUUUGUUGAGGUGGAUACAAUCUCACUGCAUUUAGCCUAAUCCUUCAUUGCCCUGACGAAUUCUGUGGUGUACGAACCUCCUCUCCAAGGAAAGAAAAUGCAGAGAAGACUCACCACUCAGCAGACCUUGGAAAUGAUCCUGAGUGAAGUCAACCCUUGUGACUCGGAUGGAGAAGACCUAGAAUUUCAGCCGGAUUCGGACUCAGAGCUGUCUGAUCAGUCUUCCGAUGAGGAGACUGCUUCUCAACCUAAAAAGAGAGCUUGUUUGGAGACUGAGACAGCAAAAGAUGGCACAGUGUGGCGUGAAGAACAGGUGGGGACCUCUCUCCCUUUCACCCCAAUAGAAGCGUACGCUGCAGAUGGAGAGCCAACGGCUAAGGCCAGGAAAAGAAUCUCGAGUCGCCUUCAGAGCUUCCUGUGUUUCAUCACUCUUGACAUGCUUCAUAGCAUUCAAGAAUGGACUAUUCAACAUGCAAAGCAAAUGGAGCAUGUUCAUUGGUUCAUGGACCUCCCUGAGCUAAUGGCAUUUAUUGCAGUUGUCAUCUUGCGGGGGGUUACUAGGGUUCCAUCACUACGUGACUGCUGGUCAGCAAACCUGGGAAACCCACAGAUCAUUGGAACUAUGCCGCAAAACCGAUUCCAAGACAUCAUGCAACACCUACGCUUUGAUGACAAGUCCACCCGCAGUGAUCGAGCAAAGACUGAUAAGUUCGCUGCAAUUUCCAGUGUGUGGGGAUCAUUUGUCACCAACUGCAUCACGUGCUACAACCCUGGUCUACAUAUCACCGUUGAUGAACAGCUUUUCCCAUCAAAGACUCAGUGCUGUUUCCUGCAGUAUAUUGCAAGUAAACCUGACAAGUUUGGGAUCAAGUUUUGGGUGGCUUGCGACCUAAAAUCCAAGUACAUUUGCAAUGUCUUCCCAUAUCUAGGCAAGGACCCCAAUCGUCCCAGUGAGGAGAGACUGUCUGAAAAUGUAGUGAUGAGGCUGAUGGAACCAUUCCUAGACAAGGGCAGAAAUGUUACCACGGACAAUUUCUUCACAUCGCUUUCACUUGCCCAAAAACUUCUUAGACGGAAAACCACCAUCCUCGGCACAGUCAACAAGAUUCGCCGGGAAAUUCCUCAAUCCACUAGACACACAGAUUGCAAUGAAUUCACCACUCGGGUGUUUUCAACCUCUGCUGCCACGCUGACGGCGUAUGCGGCCAAACGGAAGAAGACAGUCUAUAUUCUUAGCAGCAUGCACAGCGUGGUUCAGACUGAAAACACCACCAAAAAGAAGCCAAACACUGUCACCCUUUACAACACCACAAAGUGUGGCGUGGAUGUGAUGGACCAGAUGGUGCGGCAGUACACUGUCCGCAGAGGAACACGGCGCUGGCCAGUUGCCGUGUUCUAUAACAUGAUUGACAUGGCAGCACUGAAUGCACAUGUGCUGUAUCAAGCAUGCACCGGGACGCAGGAAAGACGGGUGGACUUCCUGGUGGAGCUUGCAAGAGAGUUGGCUCACUCUCAUGUAGCUGGGAAGAAGGCAAAAAAAGAACAGUUGCUUCGGACACAACCCUCCACACCUAGCCCUGGAAAAAGAGCCAUGUGUCAGGUCAAACACAAAUGUAAGAACAAUCAUGCCACUGUGCGAUGUGUUCACUGCUACAGAUACACAUGUGGUAAAUGCAGACUACAGAUACCAUGGCAGUGCCAGGAUUGUGAGUGAUUGCUGAAAAUGUUGAAAUGUACUCACUCACUUUUUAUUAUUAUUUGUAAAUAUGUGUACAAAUGGUUGUUUGUUUUUUGUGUACUGUUUUUAUCAAUAAAUCUCAGCAACAAAGGAAAUACACCCAUGUGUGUUGAUUUCUCCCUAAGAUGGCAAACAGAAACACAAGUUUC